AUGAGGAAGAGUACCAGUGGUGCGGUCGGAGUAGGCAAUAUGAUCACCAGCAGCGCGAGUCCAAUGGUCAAGACAACACCUGUAGUCAUCAAGACAGUCAAGAAGCCCAUGUGGACAUUAGACAAGAACAAUAUAUUCGACUCGGACAUCCCACCUCUGAGCGAGAAGGCCAAGAUCUUCCUCGAGAACAUCAAGAUCGUGUGGAAGGAGAAGGAGCUGAUACUGAACCGCAACCACAACUCACUCAGACACUUCCUGUCCAAGCUCACCAGCACCAUUGGCAACAUGAUCCAUCAGGGUGGUGUGCGCGACAUCUACGAGAAUGUCAAGUUGUUGGUGGAGAUCACGAUAAAGAGUCGUUACUUCAUUGAGACUGUGCGCUCAUUCAUCAGCAUGCUGCUCUACCUCAAGGAGGCGGACGAGUCGAUCACCUUCUUCCUCGAGAUGAAGAAGAUGAUUAUGAUCAUCAGUCGUAUAUCGCAGGCGAUCACUAAUGAGACACAGACUUUGGAGAUGUUCAAGAUCGAGGAGAAGCAGAGUCGCAAGCUGAUCACACUGCUCAAGAACAUGAUCACAUUCGUCAUGCGCAGUGAGGAGUUUGUUGUGUUGGUCAAGAACAUCGAGAGUCUCAAGAAGCAGGUGCGCAUCGCCAAGGAGGAGCAGGACCGCAUGUUCCCCAUCAAGGAGAAGUUCAAGGCCAUCAUGAAGGACGCCCCACUCAAGCAAGAUCUGAUCCAAGGACUGCAGAGCAUCAUUGGCGAGAAGAUAGACAUGCGCAUCAUUGUCAGGAACAUCAGAGAGGUCAUCAACUUUGCCAAGAGUAACAAGGACUAUCAGAAUACCAUCAGAGAGUUCACACAACUUGUGAGCAAGAUCUAUUCAAUGGACGAGUUGUACAUGGAUGACAAUCUGGAGCUGCACGUUCAGCAACUCAUUGAUAAGUUGGAGAAGAUCAUCAUUGAGAUAUCGUCCACACCCUCGAUCGUUCAGCUGCGUAUCCAGUUGUCACUGUUGGCCACGUCCAUCAAGAAGGACCCCAUCAACUCCAAGUUCCUUUCGGACAUCAAACAACUCUUCCAAAGCUGUUUGAAGCAGGUUGGCACUGGCAACGACAUGAAGAUGAGACUAGACAUCCCAAUGCUCCGUGAGAUCAGAAUGAUGGUGUUGCCAUUGCUGAUACAGAGGUUCAAGACCAUCCCACUUCCAAAGAUUACAAACAUGGAUGAUGAACAACGAAAGAAGAAGAUAGACUUCUGUUUGGAGGAUGUCAAUAUCAAACUUACUUUCCUAGAUCCAAAUGCAUUCCAGGUUGGAACCAUCACUCACAUCAAGACCAUUCCAUUGGCCCUCAAGGCUUCACUGGCACUGGUAUUGACACUUGAGAUCACCAAUGUCAAGUUCAGGAUAGACAAUAUGAAAUGGUUCGUGAAGAAGUAUACCAUACCAAAGCUGAAAGACUCUGGCCUGGCAACCAUUGUGACAGGUGACAAAGGCAUUGAUGUACGCAUCAAACUCGCAAUAUCCCAAGCACUGUUUGACCAGAAGCAUGCAUUUAGUAUUGCCAAGGUGGCCUGUAAGAUCCAUGACAUUGACUUGACAAUUGUACAGAGUAAACAUAAUGGAUUGUAUGAGAAGUUGUUUAGUUUGUUCAACAAGAAGAUAAAGAAGGCAUUGGAAAAGGUUCUGGUCCAAAAGAUAGAGGAGGCACUGUCAAAGGCAGAGAUGUCAUUGUCCAACUCACUAUUCAACACAGAGUCCAAGAAGAAAGAGACAGACACGAGAAGGGCACAGAAGAGGGUCAACCGAGAGAAGAUCAUGGAGAGGAUUGUCACCGAGAUACCGCGUCCACUUGGCACUCCAAACAAGGGCCUCUCCAAAUCAUCCGAUAGCGUCAGACGACAAAAGGCCACAGAGACUGCCACAGGACGACCGCCAUCCAUCGUCGUCGAAGACAGGAGCAAGGGUGGUAAUGAUGACGACGACUUUAAGCCUCUGACCUCGCAUCCAACAUACUCUGACAACCUUGAGGACAUUGAGAUGCUGAAGGAGAGAGCAGCCAACCAUCGACGAUCAAGUCUAAGUGGAAGAGUGGAGCAGAACCGGUUCGACCGAUCACCAGAGGCCAUGAACAAGUUCCAAAAGUUCCUAGACCUCCAUCCAUCACUAAACGAUGAUCUUCAAGAGUAUCGCUGCGAUGUCUAUGGUAUACCGCCUGAUCAAGUCAACACCAACAUGCCACAAAUCAGAACAUCAACCGUCACCAAUGAUAUAUUCCUGUAG